UCGAAACUAGGAAAUAUAAACAUUAUGGCCAGCCAUCAACAUUGUGUUUUGGCGAUUAAAAAUCAAAAACGAGUAAUUUAAUCGGAUAUUGUAAGGGUUGUAACGGAUAUUCAUGUAAUAUGUGUAUACAUCUCAUAUCAAAGCAUAAGCAUUCAGACACGAUGUUAUAAAUAAAGGUGCCACUGCGAAAAGACGUGUUGAUAAAGAUGUGACAUGGAAAUUGUCUUGGAAAUUAAGACAUUAACGAAAAGAUCUGCGAAGAAGAUUUUGUUGUAUUGCAGAAAGCACAUGGCGUCGACAUGUGUACAAUGUUAAAAAGUAAAUCAUUCGAAUUGCGAAAAACAACUGGUUGACCUCAUUGAAGUCUCUCAUCCGAGUACAGGUCAUAAAACGUAAUCAUGCAUGGGUUAGAGGAUUUAUUGAAUGACGCACAACGUGUAGAAAAAGAUGCCGCUGUCAAUAGAGAGAAAAACAAUUUAGCCAAAGAAGAUAAUUUGAAAGCUGUACGUGAUUUUAGAAAAGACAUUGACGAUUAUUUUGACAAGUUACAAAUAAAAGUAGAACAAGAGAUAAGACAAUGUCAUUCGAGAAAUGAAGGCAUGUUAACUGAACAACUUAAAACAUGCCUUGAAGUAAAAGAAAAAGCGCUGAUAAAACAAAAGCAAAUUAAUUCAAUAGUACAGAAAAAUCUAAAGUGCACUCUAUAUGCAAGACCUGAGAACUUACGAACAGAAAUAGCUACCCUGAAACAAACCUUAAAUGAAGCUUCAAGACAGGCCAGGUGUGGAAUGUACGAAUUCCAGAAAAAUGAUGUCGUUCAAAGCCUGAUAUUGACGGAAAGUGUAUUAGGCACAUUAAAAGAUAACCGCAGUGGAAUCGAAGUGCUUACUUACACUUUACCUGAACAUGUAGAACGCAACGAAAAGCUUAUGCAGACCCGAGGCUUGCCAAGCCAGCCGAACAGACAAAAUAACAAGUCUGGUUCGUUGCCUUGUGAAAUGGCCAAGCCCAUUACAACGACAGAGGUGCAGCUAAACAAAGCGAAGAAGCCCUGGAAACAAAGACGUUUAAAUUCAGGCACCAGCAGAAAGGAAGUGGAGAAGAAUGACGUUGUCGUAGAGUCCCAAGGCUUGCCUUGCCAGCCGAACAUGCAAAAGAACAAGCCUGGUCCUUCUCCUUGCGAAAUGAACCAGUCCAUUAGAACGACAGAGGUGCAGCUACAUAAAGCAAAGAAGCCCUGGAAACAAAGACGUCAAAAAUCCGGCACUAACACGAAGGAAGGAGAGCAGAACGACGCUGUCAUAGAGUCCCGAGGUUUGCCUAGCCAGCUGAGCAGACAAAAUAACAAGUCUGGUCCUUCGCCUUGCGAAUUGACCAAAACCAUUAGAACGACAGAGGUGCAGGUACACAAAGCAAAGAAGCCUUGUAAACAAGGACGUCUGAAUUCCGGCACCAACAAGAAAGAAGUGGAGGAGAACGACGCUGUCAUAAAGUCCCGAGGCAAGUCUAUUCAGCCGAGUCAAACGAAGUCGGAUCCGCAACCUUGCCAAACCAACCAGUCAAUUAGAACGACCGAAGUGGAGCUUCACAAAGCAAAGAGGCCAUGGAAACCAAGACGUCUGGAAUCCGCAGACAGUGAGAAGGAAGUGGAGGAAAACGACGCUUCCAUAGAGGGCCUAUGCAAGAAAACACUGAUUAUCAUGAACAAGCUGACACCGCAGAAGUUCCAGGUACUCGUGUCACAGAUGAAGGCUCUUAAGAUUGACACGGAAGAUAAACUGAAGGGAGUCGUUGAUCUUGUCUUUGAGAAGGCCAUCAGUGAACCUGAAUAUAGUGAAGUUUAUGCAAACAUGUGUAAAUGCCUUUCAAUGUUAAAAGUCAAGUCCGACUUAAAACCAGGGAAGAUGGUUAUUUUUCGAGUUGUGUUGUUGGCGCGAUGUGAACGUGAAUUCAAAACCAAAUACCGUCAAAUCCCGGUUUUGCCACCAGACGUGAGGAAUUCGCCUAAAUGUAAAGAGGAAAAUAGAAAAGAAGAAUUAACUUAUGGAGAAGACAAAGCAAGACAAAGAUCUCUAGGAAAUAUAAGGUUCAUCGGGGAAUUAUUCAAGCAAAAAAUGUUUUCUCGAAGAAGUAUGCAUAAUUGUGUGUUCAAAUUACUACGGGCUAAGGAUCCUGAUAGUUUAGCGUGUGCGUGUAGGUUACUGACCACUAUAGGAAAAGAACUUGAUACUGACAAGGACAAGCCCCGUAUGGAUCAGUAUUUCGAACAGAUGGCCAAACUAGCUAAUGAUAAAAACAGCGCUACAGUAGUUAGAUUUAUGCUUCAAGAUAUUAUAUCUGUUAGAUUAAACAAGUGGAUACCUCGAUGUUUAGAUAUCAACCCCAAGACCAUCGACCAGAUCCACAUGGAAGUCGCAAAGGAAAUGCAGAUGAAGGCCCUUUUAUCUCAAGAAGUAAAGGAACUACAAAAGACACAUAAAGGAGAUCGGCGCGGUCCAACCAGUGGUCAGAUAGUUGGUGGUGGUGCUGGAGGGGGAGCCGACGGUUGGAGUAUGGAAGGAAAACAACCACAACUGGCAUCAGUUGACCGGUCUAAAGACCAAACACAAAUCUCCAAGCAAAACGUGGACGAGGAAAUCAACUUAGGUUCUGAUAAGACCUCAAUGGACAGGAAAACAUCUAGCGCUCCAGCUAACAGGUCAGGGAAAGGCUUUGAUCGGCGAAUCCCAGCCACAAGUCCCGGACGUCGAAAAGGGCAUGACAGAGGACGGCUUUGGACACCUCUGAACCUCAGAACCAGACUAUCACAGGAACAAAUCAAACAGGAUAUUAAAUGGGGUCUAGUGAACACCAAACGUGGAGGGAGCACUCUUACUACACCUUCAACUGGCCUUCCAAUGACAGAAAUCGCAGAGCGCUUGCACGAUCUUGUCGUUGUUCGGCGGGAAGAUAACGAGACGCUAUUCAACUGGAUCGAGUCUAACAUUGACGAUACGGCUAAGGCAAACACCCAGUUUAUACGGGAGCUUAUGACAGCAGUGUGUCAGAGUUCCAUUAAAGGUGAGAAGGGCAAGGAGGAAGUAGUACCGAGCGAUAUCAGCAAACGUAGAAACCUGCUACGAAAGUACCUCGGUCACAAGCCUAUGUUCGAACUCCAGGCACUGUUUGCUCUGCAGGUGCUUGUGGUCAGGCUUGAAUACCCACAGGGUCUUCUCAAGAGUUUAUUCGACAUUCUUUACGACGAGAAUAUUAUUUCCGAGGACGCUUUUGUUGAGUGGAAGAGAAGUGAGGACGAGCCGGAUGGGAAGAAUACGGCCCUUGAACAUGUUGUUCAGUUCUUUGAAUGGCUUACAUAGUUUGAAGAGGACAAUUUAGUAUUUCUAAUUGCGACGGGUUAUUACUUAUAUACGUGCAUAAAUAAGUAUGCCGUCUUAUAAACAAACAUAUGUUUAUUAUUUGUUGUAUCGCAAUAAAGUUUGAAACAAAUAGACUGGAAAUGAUAGACUAGGUGUUUCUGAAUUUACAAGUUAAAAUAUAAGUUCGAUUUUCGACACUCGCUUAGUAUUCGAAUUUAUUUCAUGCAUAUCGGUGUAAGAAUGAAAACAUAUUGGUGAAUGAUAACUUGUUCAUUAUCACUCUGGCUUGUUAUUUUUUUGCAACGUUAAAAACCUAAGUAUUUGUUUACUUAACGGCAUCAUUAAGCAUACUUAAUCAGGCCGAGGCAAAUAUUGUGACUAUUUGAAGUCAUGAUGUGCAUAAAUGCAAGAAUAAUGUGUGAUACAUUUCUUUGGAAAAGCUGUUCCCAUGUGCAUGUUACACAGUAAACUGUAUAUGUACAUUUAAGACAAGAGCAUCUCCGAUUAUGGCUACUCCUUUGAAUUUAUUAUUAUAUUUAUAUGAUCAGUAAUUGUCAUUUACUUUCUUAUGCUGAUGUAUAACACGCAUGUCUGUUUUUCAUUAUGUUAACUGAUUAAAUAUGUUCUACUCUACAAAUUACUGGCAUGCACACAUGCCAUUGAUCUACCUUAAAUUAAAAUGUUUUAAGAUGGAAUGAUAAAAUAUAAUAUACGAUGAAUUUGUUUUAUAAUGUAUUUGAAUGUUACUGAUAUUACAUUUUUUUCAUUGAUUUAUUAAAUAUAUAGUUUUGAAUAGUUUUUAUUUUUAAGUUAUAUCCUUUGACAUUUGUUUGUUUCGCUUAUUUGCGUUUGCUAAGGCUUCGCUCAAUUCUGAAGAUGAUGUCAAUGUUGUUUAAAAUAAUACUAAGUACAGUGCUGAAGGAACGCGUCUUUGAAUUCAGUGCGCAUGUGGACUUUUCUUGAACAGGCAGCCCUUGUGGGUUAGCGGCAUGUAUUAUUUAUUCAUUGAACAAGCUAUGUAGUACAUAAUUAAUAGAGAUAGAAAUAGAGUAAUACUAUAUUACACAUGCGUAAUACAGAAAAUACGUGAUAGUUAGAUUAAAUAGGAAACAAGAUUUAUACAAGGGACAGGCGAAGUGGUAUUCAUCUUCUAACUUAUUAUAUGUUGUACAAAAUCAUUCUUCUCUUGUUAUGUUUUUCCAAAAAAGCCGGUGUAAUGAUUAUCUUAGUUUUGUUGAUGCUACCUUAUACUUCUGAUUAUUUCAUGCUAAAUCUUAUGGGGUUUUUUAAAUCUACUAUCGAUCUGUUUAAAAACCAUAAUUACAUUACAAAUAUUAAUUAACAAUGAUAAUUGCUGCCCACUUCUACAUAACUGUCGUUUGGUUUCGUUGAAUUAUUUUCAGUUUCGUUGAACAGAUUUUUGUAGAUAAUGUGUGUAUAUGUUAUUUUACUACAAAAAUGUAUCAUGGUCUAAUAUUUAAAAAUAAAUCUUUAAUGCAUACAAUACACGUAUUUUACCUUCAAGUUUUCAAUAUAUAAAAUAAUUUUCUGUGGAAGUUUAAUCCCGGUUAUUUUUUUACAAAUCAUUAUAUUAUGUAUUUGUUCUACAUCUUUAUCAUGAGGAAUUCCCAAAUCUCACAUCCUACAAAUUUGACCAGCUUUACAUGUAAAUCAUUCUCAGUUGCUAGGCUAACACAGCUUUGAAAUUUAUUUCAUGUAUGUUUAGAAAACUGCCUUAUUUGCUCCGUCUAAAAUAUAGUCUAGCAUUUCUUAAAACAACCUCUAGACGUUAAUACAAUUCCUAUAUAACACUAUUGUGGUACGAUUUCCUUUACUAUGACGCGGUUAUAAAUAUGCGUUUUAUUUUGCGGUAAUACUAAGCCUAAUCUAAAAAGUACAGUUGUUGUCUUAUCUUAAUAACGAAUGGUUUCCAUCAUAUAAUGCAGUUGUUACGUAAACUGUAUAAAAUGUGUUGCAUUUCGGCAUUUGCCUUCACAGUUCACUAGGUAAUCCCACAAAAAUAUGUUUUUGUCUUGCCACUUGUGUAUAUAUUUAUUGCAAAGCAAAAACAAACCACCUCUAAGACCUAAUUUAAAUAACGUAUACCAA